AUGUGGGCGCAUUCAAUGACAGUUCAAGAUUACCAGGAUCUCAUAGACAGAGGAUGGCGAAGAAGUGGAAAAUAUGUCUACAAACCUAUCAUGAAUCAAACGUGUUGUCCUCAAUACACGAUAAGGUGCCAGGCUUUGUGUUUUCAGACCUCCAAAUCUCACAAGAAAGUUCUGAAGAAAAUGUUGAAAUUUAUUUCCAAAGGAGAUGUUUCGAAAUUAGUGAGUGAAGAAGAGCCCAUGGAUUCCCAUAUAGAUGAUGUGGUCGCGUGCGAUUUUGCAUACAAAAGCGAAUCUCAUGUCAGUCAGUCUGAACUGACUCCCUUGAGCGUGGAUCACACGGAGAGGGUGGAGAAUGAAGAUGAGGACACAGGAGAAACAAAAGGAGAGGUGAAUGUGCAGAAGGUGGAAGCAGGUUCUCUUCAGAGAUGUGCAGAUAAAGACACGCCGGUCCCUGGAGAGCCAUCACGUACGGCUAAAAUUGUUCAUGCACCACCUAAGCCAGGCAAAGGGGCUGAUUUGAGCAAGCCACCGUGUCGAAAAGCAAAGGACAUACGGAAAGAAAGAAAACUGCAGAAACUCCUUCAGAACCAGAUGUGCACGUUUGAAGGCUCUCCACUUCAAGCAGGAGAUCAAGUUUUCCUCUUGCAAAACUCUAAAUCUAAAACAAACCAACCUAAAACCAUUGAAGACUUUGUUUUUGUCUCUUUACCUGAUGAUGCACCACACAAAUUAGAGGUGAGGUUAGUACCUGUUUCCUUUGAGGACCCCCAGUUCAAAUCAUCCUUCAACCAAUCAGCCUCUUUAUUUGCCAAGUAUCAGAUGGCUAUACACAAGGAUACACCUUCUGAGUGUGGCGAAAAUGAGUUCACACGAUUCCUCUGUGAUUCUCCUCUGGAGGCAGAGAAUGCACCAAAUGGACCGGAAUGUGGUUAUGGUUCUUUCCACCAGCAGUAUUGGCUGGAUGGGAAGAUAAUUGCUGUUGGCGUAAUUGAUAUCCUGCCCUACUGUGUGUCCUCCGUCUAUCUGUACUACGAUCCAGACUAUUCUUUCUUAUCUUUGGGAGUCUACUCUGCAUUACGGGAAAUUGCUUUUACUAGGCAACUUCAUGAAAAAGCUCCUGAUCUCUGUUUUUAUUACAUGGGUUUCUACAUUCAUUCAUGCCCCAAAAUGAGAUACAAGGGUCAGUAUAGGCCGUCUGACUUGUUGUGUCCAGAGACAUACAUCUGGACGCCUAUUGAGCAAUGUCUACCCCUGCUCGAGCACUCCAAAUACUGUCGAUUCAACCAGGAUGUAAAAGCAGUUGAUGAAGGUCGUAUUAAGGAACUGGGCAGAGUGAGAGUACUUCACAAGAGAACUGUGAUGCCUUACAGUGUCUAUAAGAAAAGAAGGAAGGGCCCAAGCGACGAAGCCAGUGUUCAGCAAUAUGCAAGUUUGGUUGGACAGACCUGUUCAGAAAGAAUGUUAUUGUUCAGAAGUUGA